AGUGUAAAUAAAAGCUCUUCAAAAAAUUUUGGAAUCUUAUCAUCGCGGGAAACAAAUCGCAAGAUGAAUUCGCACGGAUACACGCACGAGAAUGGAAUAAAUGGGAACACACCUAAUAAUCCGCGUCCUAAUCAACAUAACCCAUAUACUCCGCGAUAUGCCGACUUAUUAAGCCGAGUUAGUAAUUUUUCAAUAAUCGAGUCAACUCUAAGAGAGGGGGAACAAUUUGCUAAUGCUUUUUUCGAUACUGCAAAAAAAAUUGAAAUUGCCAAAGCGCUAGAUGAUUUUGGAGUUGAAUAUAUUGAGCUUACUUCUCCCGCUGCUUCCGAACAAUCUAAACAAGACUGUAUUGAAAUUUGUAAGUUAGGAUUGAAGGCAAAGAUCCUGACUCACAUAAGAUGUCAUAUGGAUGAUGCUAGAAUAGCAGUUGAAACUGUUGAAAGGAUUUGGUCAUAUGAAUAUUUUAAACCAUUUUUAACGAUCUUUGAUUUUGCACAAUCUUCGAUUAAAGGUGUUGAUGGUGUUGAUGUCGUAAUAGGAACUUCAUCAUACCUACGGGAAUUUUCACACGGAAAGGACAUGGAUUAUAUUGUUAAUGCAGCCACUGAAGUCAUACAGUUUGUUAAGUCCAAGGGCAUUGAGGUUCGAUUUUCCUCAGAAGAUUCAUUUAGGAGCGAUCUGGUUGAUUUGUUAAGUAUUUAUCGUAAAGCUGACGAAUUGGGAGUUAAUCGAGUUGGCAUUGCUGAUACGGUUGGUUGCGCCAAUCCUCGACAAGUUUAUGAGUUAGUUCGAACACUUCGUGGUGUUGUCUCCUGCGAUAUUGAAUGUCAUUUUCAUAAUGACACUGGAUGCGCUAUUGCCAAUGCAUAUGCUGCCCUUGAGGCCGGAGCGACACAUAUAGAUACUUCUGUAUUAGGAAUCGGUGAACGUAAUGGUAUAACCCCACUUGGUGGACUAGUCGCUCGUAUGUACACUGCAAAUAAGGAUUACGUCAAGUCCAAAUACAAGCUUCAUAUGCUCCGUGAUCUUGAAAACAUAGUUGCUAAUGCG